CUCUUCAAAGUUUCUCUUGCACAGACCUUUCUUUCUUCUGAGCGGAAAAAUACGAUCGCCAGCGAGUUCUCUCCUUCUUCUGGGUUUGUGGACGAACUUCGUCUUCUUCUGAUCCUCCCCCUCAGUUCUUCAUCUUCGGGUUUUUUUGGGAUUUUGGGUUUAGAUUUUGUCGGAAAGCGAACAGCGACCGGGAAAUUCGAUCCGCCGGCGAGCUGGGAUGACGGCGGGGCGGAGUUUUUCACUCUUGUGACCGUUAAACGUCGGAGAUUUCAGUGACGAACGUGGUUUAAAUCGAGUAUUGGAAGCUCGAAGCGUGGAGAGAGUUCAUAUGCUGAUAAUUCUAGAAUGGAGCGGAAGAGGGGUCAUCAGUGGUUAACGGAUUCGUCUAAUUCGGAGCUAUUCAGCAACAAGACUCGUGCUGUAGAAUGUGCCGAUGCUAGGAUUGGUAUGGGAGUUCCUCAGAUGAAUUUGUCCGGUUGGGACAAUUCUCUUGCAUCUGGACGGUUUGUACCUGAGAAUGUGCAUAAUGCGAAUCUGGUUACUGGAAAUCUGCCUCCCAUGGAUGGCCAGAGUGUUGAGGGAAGAAAAGAUCUUGAGGUGCAAUACAACAAUGCCUCAUCUUUUGGUUUUCCUCAUACUGUUCAGGAUGGCUCCUCGUCUUAUAGUCUAGAGGGCAUUCGAAAAGUGAAAGUCAAUCAAGUGAAUGACUUCACCCGAAGUAUACAUGAACCUAUGACACAGUUUUACGGUGAGGGGAUUCCUAGAUCGUUGGAUAUGGGUUCUUCAUUUAGCAUGAAUCAGAAUAACCCUGUAUCCUUGGGCCAAACUGGCAGCAGUAGUGGCAAGAACGUCAGCUUUGUAGGACCUAUCUUUAGUAAAGCAGGUGGGAGUUCCCCUCAGAAUUUCGGUAAAGACGGGGCUGGUUUCAUGCCAAUGGGCAGCCUUUAUGAUAAAGGAGAUGUAAAUGUCUUGCCAACAGGUCAACCAUCUGAGAAAGGGAGGGACAACUUUGUACUGAUGGGGCAGUCGUUCCACAAAAUGGAUAGUAAUCUUUUCUCGGUUAGUCCUUCCUAUAACAGGGGACAAGAGAGUUUCAUGUCCAUUCUCACCUCUUAUGGAAAAGCGGCUGAAAAUCUUUUCUCGUCAGAUACAUCCUUUCAGGAGCAAGAUAACAAUUUGUUAUCGAUGGGAUCGGCUCCAUAUAAGGCAAGCGGUGGGAUACCAUUUAUGCUUCCUAACCAAGACAGAACGGACCAAAAUGAUGUUCCCAUUACUCAGCAGGGUGGAAGCAAUACCAUAUCUUUUGGAGGUUUUCAGAAUGAAGACAUGCUUGUCUCAUCCGGCAGUAUCAUCAAUGGUUAUGAGAGCUUUGGAAAUGUAGCUGAGAAUUUUAAAGAUCCCGUUCAAAAGAGGUCAAGAGAAAAUUUGUGUGGGAUGUUUAGCUCUGGCCAUAUUGUUAAUCCAAAUGCUGAUACCAUUCCCAAAAUCAAAGAAACAAAGACCACUAAGAAGGCCCCUACUAACACAUUCCCUUCAAACGUUAAAUCCUUGCUGUCAACAGGAAUGUUUGAUGGGGUUCAUGUCAAGUACUACUCCUGGUCACGCGAGAAAAAUCUCCAAGGGAUUAUCAAGGGGACUGGGUAUCUGUGUGGUUGCAGUGAGUGCAAGAUGACUAAAGUUCUGAACGCUUACGAGUUUGAGCGCCAUGCCAAUUGCAAGACAAAGCACCCGAAUAAUCACAUAUACUUUGAGAAUGGAAAGACUAUUUAUGCUGUUGUUCAAGAGCUGAAGAACACACCUCAGGAGAUGUUGUUUGAUGCCAUCCAAAAUGUAACCGGAUCCGAAAUCAACCAUAAGAAUUUCAACACCUGGAAAGCGUCGUAUCAAGCUGCCAGCCGUGAACUUCAGCGUAUCUAUGGUGGUGAUGGUGUCACUUUAGCAUCUUGAGAAGACGAGUCACCAGUGUCGCGAGCUUUUUGAGGUGGGUCGGAAGAAGAAGAAGGAAGAAGAGACCUUUCAAGAAAAAUGGCGAAAGGCGAAAUGAGAGCAGAGGCAAGGGCCAUACGGUAAGCCACUAGAACAUGCGGACUCAUGCCGUCGUUUAACGCGAAUUUCGCGACGAUAGACAUCAACGCGUAACAAAACUGUAUGAAUAUGACUGCCAAGAACGGCUUCGAUCUCUCCAGCACUGACAUUUUUUUGAAGCU